AUGGUCAUCGGCCUCCUUUUCCUAACCUCCAUCCCCACCGUGACAGGCACAGCCUUCGCAACCAGCGAGCAGCGCAAGGCCAACCAGCGCAAAGAAGAUGCACGACGGAUGGUCAAGUUCAACAUCGAAUCCGUGUGCUCGGGAGACACAGAUGAUGAUCGCGAUUUGAAUGGGAGGAGAGUGGUAGUUCGGGAUGAGAAGGUCUAUCUCGACAUGGUCGACCCAAGCCAGCGUAAAAUCCCCUCCUUCACAGCCCUGGCAUUCUACAUCGAAUACCCCGAACUGGACGAAACAAAACAUCUAGACCGCGGUCUAGGCCUACCUACAUACGUUGCCGCCAAUCCGCCACUCCUCAACUGGAUCUAUGCGGAUAAAGAUACGCAUGAGUUGAGGUAUGGAAACCGGACGCAGAGUGUGGAACAUUUCGUUGGGCCGUGGGAUUGGACGGAGGAUGAAAAGACUAUUCUGCUGGAAAAGAAGGAUGCGUUUUAUGCCGUGGAGGAAGAGGAGGGGCAGUGGGCUUUGUAUUAUGAUCGGGAUGGAGAUGAAUUGGCGCGGGUUUUGGAGGAGCAGGAGAUGUUGGAUAAUGCUUUUGUGCCUGUUUCGCUUGUUCGGAAGAUUGCAGAGGAGCCACCGGCUCCUCCUAGUCAGAGUCAAGGACAAGGUCAGGCUGGGGGAAGUGCGGGAAGUGCUGGGAAGUAA